GCGCGGAGAGAAGGCGGAUCUCCGAUGCACCAAUCCGAGGCGUUCCUCCGGUCGUUUAAAGAGCCUCUUUGUGUCAAUCACUCGUUUUUUCAUCGCCAUAUUGGGCGCCGAAAAGCCUCGCCUUGUUAUUUCUCUUCCCCUUAUUUACUACGACGCGCAGUUGACAGGAGCGGCCACCGCGAACGCUGCUUUUGUUUUGAUGCUCGUCGCCCGUCCGUGUUUUUCGCUCAUGCGGCGCACCCGGGGCGAGUCUGCCUUUACGCCCGUCGCUUUGGAUCGCGUUGACGCAGGAGGGGACGCUCUGUAACAGCUGUCGGGUUUGUGUUUUCGCACUUGAACGCCUUGUAAUGUCCAACGUGCGCUUGUCUAGCGGCAGCCCGACGCUGGAACGGAUGGAGGCGCGACUGUCAGACCAGCCCAAGCCGUCGGCGUGUCGGAACCUGUUCGGUCCGGUGGAUCAUGAAGAGUUAAAGAAGGAUUUCCAGCGGCAGCUGAAGGCGAUGGAGGACGCGUCGGCGGACGCGUGGAACUUCGACUUCUCCUCGCACACUCCGCGCACCGACGGCAGAUACCAGUGGGACGCGCUGGACAUUCGCUCGGUGCCCGGUUUCUACAGCAGAUCGGUGCGGGCGAAGGGCUCCGAGCUUCACAUGUGCUCCUCUGGGAAUAAUAUCGAUAAUAAUGUGGAUGUUAACGGCAAUCACGACUGUCGCGUAACGGAGCAGAGCGCGGAGACGCCCGAAAAAGACCGAGAGCAGAGGAAAAUAACCUCCUGUCUCGACUCCUCGGGUCAAAGCAAACGCUCACACAUCUGUGUGGAUGAAGUGACACGGACGCCGAGAAAACCCAAAAAACCCAGAAAACACCCCAGCCCGACACUUACACAAACCCAGUGAGAAGCGUGUGUCUAAUUCUCUCGUAUUUCCGGACAGGGCUGAAGUCGAUUGCUGUGGGUUUGAUGACCUCAGUGCUUGCGGAACGAAAGAUUUUUUUGGGGGGGAGAAACGGACGAGCGGAUAAAAAU